CACCCAGAUGGUUCUGAAGCGAGUCCUCAGUUUCCAUUCUCAAGUUCCCAGCAGAACCCACCGCCAGAAGAAAGAAGGAGACUUCGAGAUGUCGCCGCCCCUCCCCUUCUUCUCCCGGCUCACCCACGAGCAGGAGUCCGCCAUCAUCGUCUCCGCCUUCUUACACGUCAUCUCAGGCGGCACCACUCCGCCACCCGAACUGCCGCGCCCCGACACAUGCUUUCUCUGCGGCAUCGACGGCUGCCUGGGCUGCGACUUCUUCGUCUCGGCGGAAGAGGCGGCGACGACGGUGCAAGCGGAGGCGGUAAAGGCUGACAGCGGUUGGCCAAGGAGGAGGAAGAAGAAGAACAAGUACAGGGGAGUGAGGCAGCGGCCGUGGGGGAAGUGGGCGGCGGAGAUUCGGGAUCCACGGCGGGCGGCGCGCAAGUGGCUAGGCACGUUCGAUACGGCCGAGGAGGCGGCGCGGGCCUACGACCUCGCUGCGAUCGAGUUCCGAGGCGCCCGGGCGAAGCUCAAUUUCCCGGUCCCGGAGCAACUGCCAGCCGAAGAAGCUGAUGCUCGUGGAGAUAAUCCCCAGACCGCGGCUCCUUCGCCCUGGGAUCAGCAAGGGCGGCAGAACGAGCAUGGUGUGCAGCAAGGGGGAGCACGAGAUCAGGGGCAGGAGAUGGGGGAGUUGUGGGAUGGGCUCCAGGAUUUCAUGGCGCUGGACCAGGGCGAACUCUGGAUGGAUAUCGGAGCCGUCCGUCCACCUUUCUCCUAGCAGUCGUUGGAGUCCAUCACACAUAGAUUCUUUUAUUGAUUGUUAUUUCUUAACUCUUUCCUAUUUUUGUGUAACAAUAAUAAUAGAACAAAUUAAAUUA